GUGUAUGCGUACAAGCAUCUACGUUAGGCUCUUUAGAAGCACUUAUAGAGUUUUUAAGAGUAUCAAAUAUUCCAGUCUCUGGAAUAAAUAUUGGGCCAGUUCAUAAAAAAGAUAUUAUGCGUGCUGCUAUAAUGUUGGAAAAAGCUAGAGAGUUAGCUGUUAUGUUGUGUUUUGAUGUUAAGGUUGAUAAAGAUGCACAAGAUCUGGCUGAUGAAUUGGGCGUAAAUAUAUUUAAAGCUGAUAUUAUUUAUCAUUUAUUUGAUCAAUUCACGGCUUAUAAUAAAGAAAUAUUGGAACAAAAACGUAAAGAUCAAGCGCCUCAAGCAGUUUUCCCCUGUAUUUUAAAGAUCAUUGCAGUAUUUAACAAAAGAGAUCCCAUUAUAGUUGGUGUUGAUGUUGCAGAAGGAGUUUUACGUACAGGAACUCCAAUCUGUGUUGUAAAAACAGAUCCAACAACCAAUGUGCGAGAAAUUAUUACCCUUGGAAAAGUGACUAGCAUUGAACAAAAUCAUAAAUCUAUUGAGCAAGUUAAAAGAGGCCAAGUAAGCGGAGGGGUUGCUAUAAAAAUUGAAUGUCCUGUGUACGAAACACCAAAGUUGUGUGGACGGCAUUUUACAGAAUCGGAUGAUUUGUAUAGUAGGAAUCAUUAUGCUAUAAAUAUAUACGUGUGUCCUUGUUCAUCUUUUGAAGCGAAAUUACAAAAUCAUAUGAAAAUUCUAAGCGAUGUUGAUACUAGUAACUUCUCAUCAUCUGUAACAAACGAUAUAAAAAUGAGUAACAAGAAAGCUCAAGGAGAAAAACAAAAAUAUAGUGAUAAAUCAGACCGUGCCACAACAGAACAAGUAUUAGAUCCACGUACAAGAAUUAUAUUAUUUAAAUUAAUAAAUAGUAAUUUAAUAUAUGAAAUCAAUGGUUGUAUAAGUACAGGAAAAGAAGCAAAUGUAUAUCAUGCAACAACAGAGUCAAAUGAUCACAGGGCUAUAAAAGUUUAUAAAACCUCAAUAUUAAUAUUUAAAGAUCGUGACCGUUACGUAACAGGAGAAUUUAGAUUUAGACAUGGAUAUAAUAAACAUAAUCCACGCAAAAUGGUAAAAUUAUGGGCGGAAAAGGAAAUGAGAAAUUUGAAAAGAUUAUGGCAAGCUAAUUUACCAUGUCCAGAACCUAUUUUGUUAAAGUUGCAUGUAUUAGUGAUGAGUUUUUUAGGUGAUAAAAAUGGAUGGGCAUAUCCAAGACUAAAAGACGCAAAUAUUAAAUCAGAUAUUUAUCCAGAAUUGUACUAUCAAAUUAUUAAAAAUAUGAGGAUUAUGUUUCAUAAAUGUAGGCUUGUUCAUGCAGAUUUAAGUGAAUACAAUUUAUUAUAUAACUCAAGGAAACUAUAUAUUAUAGAUGUGUCACAAUCUGUAGAACAUGAUCAUCCGCAUGCUUUAGGAUUUUUGAGAAAAGAUUGUGAUAAUAUUACGGAAUAUUUUCGGAAAAAAGAUGUAAAAGUGAUGAAUAUCAAAGAACUAUUUGAUUUUAUUACAGAUUUAGGAUUCGGGAUAGAGGAUGAACAAAUUGACAAUGAGCUUGACAAGAUUCAAGAAAAAAUGAAUCUACAAGAGCAACAAGAAAUAGGAGAAGACAAUACUGAUAAAGGAUCUAAAGAAUCAAAAAAUUCUGUUGAUGAAGAAGUAUUCAAAAAGUCCUUCAUACCAAGAACAUUAAUUGAUGUGAUUGAUGCUGAGAGAGAUACUGAUAUAAUAAAUAAGGGUGAUGGUGAUGAGGUAAAUUAUAUAGAUAUUUAA